CACAUUGCCGGGGGUGUGCCCUCCACACCGCUCGGCACAGCGCACCAGGAGCCCGCACAAACAUCACCUCGGCCCGGCCAGGCUCGCUGACCCAGCCGGUGUCCGUGAGCAGCGGAGACCGGGGCUGCGGGAGGCGGCACCCAUGGCAGAACAUAACUGCUCGGAGGGUGUGUAUGUGAGCCUGGUGUGCUCAUCGUAUUCCUGUAAGGAACUGUGCCACGUUGUCCAGGUGGAUGAUCUGAACGCGACCCUGGCUCUGCAGCCCCCAUGGAGAUCUCCUGACUUUUACAUCGGCCUUGCCUUGGCCACCUUCUCCAGCUGCCUUAUUGGCAUCAGUGUCAUCCUGAAGAAGAAGGGGCUGCUGCGAUUGGCUGAUGUCGGCAGUGUCAGAGCAGGUGAAGGUGGCCAUGGCUACCUGAAGGAUUGGAUGUGGUGGGCCGGCCUGGUAACCAUGGGCGGCGGAGAAGCGAUGAACUUUGCUGCAUACGCCUUUGCUCCUGCAACAGUUGUUACACCGCUCGGAGCACUCAGUGUCCUCAUCAGUGCCAUACUGUCUUCCUACCUCCUGCAGGAGCGCCUCAACCUGCUGGGGAAAAUGGGCUGUGUGCUCUGCAUUCUGGGCUCUACUGUGAUGGUGAUUCACGCACCGCAAGAGGAGGAAGUGAAAACUCUGGAAGAGAUGGCGCAGAAACUUAAAGAUCCAGGAUUUCUGGUGUUUGCCUGCCUCUUACUGAUUGCAGUGCUCCUUCUCAUCUUCUACACUGCCCCCAGGCAUGGACACGCCAACGUCUUGGUCUAUAUUGCCAUCUGCUCCCUCAUCGGUGCUUUCUCUGUCUCGUCUGUCAAAGGGAUUGACAUUGCCAUCAGAGGGUGCUUUGCCAACCUUCCAGUGUACAAACACCCGUUAACGUGGAUUCUCAUCUUCUCCCUGCUGAUCUCCAUCAUCACUCAGGUCAACUACUUAAACAAAUCGCUGGAUAUUUUCAACACAUCAGUGGUCUACCCCAUCUAUUAUGUGUUCUUCACCACUGUGGUCAUCACCACCUCUGUGAUCCUGUUCAAAGAGUGGUACAGCAUGUCUGCAGUGGACAUUGUGGGCACCAUUGCUGGCUUUGGAACCAUUGUUCUCGGUGUCUUCAUGCUUCAUGUCUUUAAAGAUCUGAACUUAAGUCUCAACAACUUGCCGCAGGCCCUCAAGGUGCAGGACGGGGUGUGUGUGACUCCCAUGUUGAAACUAGAUGACAAGCACAUCCUUAUAGAGAGUACAGACAAUGCAGUGUUCACUGAGGAUAAGUCUAGGGUCUUUGUCAUCUAUGGCUGAAGGGUUUAGGUUGAUCAGCAAUUUCAGUGCAACUAUAAAAGCCGGACUUGAGUGGACUAGGAAACUACUUAAUGAUUUGAUGCAGCAGCUCUUUGUGUAAUCAAGCAGGAUUAUUCCCUGUGCUCGACAGCUGGGAUUUCACUGGUGAAAUGUUGGAGCAGCCCGCAGGGUUUCAUUUAGUGCCCACCCAGAAUCCCUGUUGCAGUUAGAUGUGCCAAUCAGAGCCUGUUGGGUCAGACCAAGCCUGACCCAAUAGUCCCUUCUCCUCUGGAGUUCACACCUCUUACAGAACAACUGCAAAUCACGCAAAGGCAGAAUCCAUGCCGUGGGUUUUCAGUGAGCUUCACGCUGGAGUUUUACUCAUGAUCAGCCCUUCUCUGGUCAGAGUUGCCAGCUUCCGUCAGGUGGAAGUUUCAACGGUCAGGUCUGUAGCAAUAAUAAACUUUGUAACCUAACAGCUCUCAGUCCUGGUUGAAACUUACCCCUUUGCUAUUUAUCAAAAACACUGCAGUCUCUUCCCAUUUACACAAAGAUGACGUGUGCAGACCCUCUUACUGUCUGCAGGGUUAGAGUUGUUUGUGCCAUUAGCUCAGUUGAUGGGAAUGUAGGGAGAAUGGAUCAGGGAAAAUGGAAGGGAGAGUGGGAUUGCUCUGUGAGCUGGCAUAGAUUUGACAGGUUGAAAUGACUGCCUUCUGUGUUGUAAGGGAAUACGGAAAGGGAGAGUUGGCAGUGUUUCUGCUCCUGUACCAGUGUGAACGCGUGCUAUGUGAUGAUUGGGGUUAGGGGUGGACUGAGCUGUGCAGUCUGGCAGAGAUCCACUAGUGUGGGUCUCAGCCCACGGAAUGCUGCUGCCUGUCACCGAUGUGUCCAAUCUUGCUCAGUCUUAGCAAGGCUAAGAUAGUGAGGCUCUGGGUGUUACUUCUGGUUCUGGGGGCUCUGGGUGUGGUCCUGCUUCCUGUAGGGCUCUAUCAGUUUCAGCAAGCCGAAUCUUUGUUUGGGUACUGAUUUGCAGAGAUAUGUUUAAUCAUAGGUAAAUGGUUGCACUGAGGAGAGCCACCAGAUUGGACUGAUGUAUAUUGGAAUAGACAUCAGUUUGUAUUUUUCUAGUGACAAUGUAUUUUUGUAACACCUUUUUACUGAUUUGAUGUUGAAAAUGAAUUGCGUGCCUCUGUUAAUGCGUUAUGAAUCCUUCAGUGCUGAGCGCAUUUAACAGUCAACUCUGUUGAACAGGGGCGUGCUACAAUGAAUGUCUCUGACAUGAUUUAUUACAUUUUUGGACAACAUAAAAUUGUACCAUGUUAUAUUGUUAACUUAAAAAGAAUCAUUUACCUUCUGAAGUCACCCAGCAAGUCCCUCCUAGAUGUUUGAACCUUGGCCUAC